AGCUCGGGGGGCACUGGGACCUCCUGCUCCUGCAGGCGCCAUGAGGACACUGCGCUUCCUGUCCACCGCGGCCCUUGUGUCCCACCCACAGGUGGCUCAGCAGAGUCUGGACUGGGUGGCCCACAGCCUGUACCCGCUCCUGUUCAAAGCCAGCUACUUGCUAGAGCAGAGUGAGGUAAUCCGUGUUCUGCUGGGCCGCUGGCCACUGGAGGAGUUCCGGCUGGAUCUGCUGCUGGCGCCGAGCACAGAGCAGCCUGAGGACCUGCGGGACCGGGCAUGCAGGGCCUGCCUGGAGGCAUGUGUGCAGGGCCUGGCUGACCAUGUUCUCCGGGAUGGGGAGCAGGGGCUGCGCCUGGUGGACCUCACAGGACUCCGGGAUGUGCAGGUGCAGCAGUGUCCCUGUGGGCAGGCGCUGGGCAGAUGGGGCCGCACCGAACUGCUGGCCAGGACCUGCUGUGCACUGCAGGUUGAGCCUCGGGCUGCCCCGGUCCCCAUCCAGGUCCUGGCCGACAUCUUUGUCACCGAGGGUAAUUUCCAGGUGGUGGUGCAGGCCCUGGCACCCCAGGGAGCUUCACCCCUGCAAGUGUGCUGCGUGUCCCUGCGGGCAGAUAGCCUGGACCCAGGGCCACUGCUGCAGGUACUACGCCUGGCAGGGCCGGGCCAGCUGCGCCGGCUGCAGGUGGUCCACAACGUGCGGCUGCACACCGGCCACGUGCAGCAAAUGCUGGCCCAGGUUGGCCUCCCCCAGCUGACUGCACUCACCCUGCCCGCCAAGGCCUUGGAUGCACCCCCCGCCCACACCCUGGGCCCCGAUGGCAAGGACCCCCUCUUCACUUCUAUCUCCCAGGCACUCGGCCGGAUGGCCCAACUUACAGAGCUGAGUGUGGCCUUCUCCACACUGACUGGGAAGAUCCAGCAGCUGCUUGGCCCCCUGCAGACCCCGCUGAAGGUACUGGAUCUGGCCAGCUGCUCCCUGAACCACGCAGACAUGGCCUUCCUGGCUGACUGUGCCCAUGCUGCCCACCUGGAGGUGCUAGACCUCAGUGGGCAUAGCCUGGUGAGCCUGUACCCUUCAUCCUUCUUCAGGCUGCUGCGCCGGGCAGCGCCCACCUUGAGAGUCCUCACCCUGGAGGAGUGUGGUAUUGAGGAUGGCCACGUAAGCAUACUAAUCUCAGCCCUGGACCCCUGCCACCAGCUUCAGGAGCUGCGCUUCCUUGGGAACCCGCUGUCUGCCCAGGGCCUGCGGCGUCUUUUCUCUGCUUUGGGGGAGCUGCCACGGCUGCGAUGGGUGGAGUUCCCAGUGCCCAAAGACUGUUACCCGGAGGGCACAGCCUACCCGCAGGAUGAACUGACUGCAUCAAAAUUCGACCAGCACAAAUACGACAUGAUUGCGCAGGACCUGCAUGCCCUGCUGCUGCGGGCCGGCCGCGAAGAUAUCCAGGCCUCCACGCCACUCUAUGGGAGCUUCGAUCCUGACAUCCAGGAAACCAGUCGUGAGCUUGGGGCCUUCUUGCUACAGGCUUUCAAAACUGCUCUGGAAAACUUCUCUAGAGCACUGAAGCAGAUGGAGUAGCAGCACUGCAAGCUGGAGCAUAGCCUGGAGACGUCAUGCAGAGCGUCACAGAGAAGAGCUGCCUGCAGGCACUGCCAGGGAGCUUGGCUCUCUAGCGCAGGCAGCCCCCGAGUACUGGGUGGCAGGAGCCUGAAGAACCAGAGUAGUCUCUGGGUCAUGGAACCUGGGAAAGGGGGACAUUCAGUGUUGGCUGCAUGUGAGGGGAGGGAAUGAGAGAACACGUGGAAGGUGGUGGAAGAGAAGACAUGAGAACACAUCUCUGUGCUAGCCCUGAGUGCAGGCCACCUGCCAACCUGAGACCCAGCCCUCCUCAGGCCCUGCACAGAGACAGAGGCAGACACAAGGGAUAGCAGGCAGCUGCUGGCUCAAAGGGAAAACAGCAGUAUGGCGGUUGACCCCCUUCUGCUGCCCCAUUUCUGUUUCCCCAAGACAAGUCUUGCAAUGCCACUGUGCUCUGGCCAGGCGAGCCCCAUCCUUUGUGGGGAUGCAGCUGACUGCCCGCAGGCGGGGGCCACACCUGUGUACGUGUUUUCUAUCACACCUGGUCUGUGAGCUGAAGGCCAGCAUAAGCAAACCCUAAUAAACACA